UGACGUUUCGGUUAAGGAACCUGAUUCAUAGCACAUCAUAUUGAUGCAUGUUAACUUAAUCAGUUGUUAGCCGUGGUCGGGAAUCGAACUCAGGUCGUCAGGUUUAUUGCGCGAUGCGCUAACCCCUGCGCCACCGCUCCACCCACAAAGCAGGCAAAUUACACCGAUGUAACAAAUUAUUUCUAAUGUGUAUGUUGCAUUCUAUUACGUAUGAAUAACUUUAUCAAUGUGUAAGAUUAUACAACGUGCGUUCGAUAAUACAUUGCACUUCAGAUAAUCAAUUGCACUUCAGAUAACAAUUUUACUUUAGGUAAUAUAUUGUACUAAAUUUUGAUUUAAAGCUUUCGUGACUGCAGGGAUUCAUAUUCUUGGUUCUUUCUACGUGACUUUACCGAAAGAACCAAUAAUAUAUUGUACGCUAAAUAAUUGUACUUUCUGUAAGAUAAAGCACGUUAGAUAAUGCAUCGCACGUCAGAAAAUACAUUGUCCGUUAGAGCUCCGUGUUUGUUAAUCUCAGCAUCUGCCCCUUGAUUAGUUUCAGGGAUUGCAGGAAUGCUAAUCAGCCAGCGGGGCGACUUGGGGUAGAUGGCUUCCUACUGUGAAGAGGGGUGGGGGGUUGAUUGAGGGAGGAUGAGGUGGUGGGAUAUGUACAUAGUGCGGGGGAGGAGAAGGUGAUUGAGAUUUCAAAACACACAUUCGCCUCUGCUCGCUGGGUUUUUUUGCGUGACCAUUAAACACAAGAGCAGAGGGUUUUUAAAAAAAGUUCUACAACCUCCAGGACGUCGAGAACGUAUCCAGUUCAGUUGCUUAAAGAAACUUGGAAUAGCAGCAGCGUCAUCAUCAUCAUCGCCAGCAGCAAGAAUCACAACAAUGGGGACCCACGUGCUCAUCUUGCUGCUGCUAUCGUUGCUGUUCAACUACGCUCAUCUGCUGACGGCUGGCACUUUGGGCCACGAGACCGCAGAUAAAGCUGCGCCCGUUCAACCAGGGGUUGAGGAUGACCUCGAAGAUGAUUUCAAGAAGCAAGAGAUGCACUUUCUUCGGGCCCUGGGUCUCACUGAGCGGCCCAAACCCUCGGCUGCUCGCCGCGCCAUCCCGGCUUUUAUGUGGAAGCUUUACCGCGGAGGUGAUGAUGGCGGUGCUGCUGGUGGCGGUGCUGAUGAUGGUGGCGGUGGUGCUGGUGGCGGUGCUGAUGAUGGUGGUGGUGCCGAUGGCGGUGCUGAUGAUGGUGGUGGUGCCGAUGGCGGUGCUGAUGGAGGGGAUCGAGAGCGGCCGUGUCGCCUACCCCGAUACGGAGUGACCGGCAACAUCAUUCGACAUAUUCCAGACCAAGGCAGCCACGUGGACCUUCCACGGAUCUCCACGACGCGUUCGCUCUGCGCGUCCCGACGGCUCCUCUUCAACCUGACGGUGGCGCAGAAGGCCGGCGAGAAGGUCGGGAUGGCUCGGCUGCAGCUGGUCCUGCCGCCAGCGUCCUACGGCCCCAAAAGCGGGGAAGUGCCCGUGUCCCUCCGGAUCUCGGCGAUACACGGAGCAGGAGGGACGGAGCAGCAGCUGAGAUCCAUUGUGUCGAGUUCCGUGAGGCUCUCUCGCUCGGCUUGGACCUUCGACCUGACCGAGGAGGCGCGGAAAGCCAUCGGCCAAGGACAGCUGAGCGUCUUCCUGGAAAUUGAGGAGGAGGAAGAGGAUGUGUUGCACACCGACGUGGAAGAGGUAUCGUUGUCCUCUUCAUCGAAGCUGUACGCAGCAUUGGAAGGUGUAUUGUCGUCAUUGUCGUCGUCAUCAUCCACGGAUCUGUCCACAGAAUGGAAUGAGGAGGGAUCAAUGCCCUUUUUGUCAUCGUCCUCAUCAGCAGCAGCAGCGUCGUCGUCAUCGAAGCCGAACGCAGGAGUGAAGGAGACCCCGUGGGCAGCAACAUCAUCGGCCUCGAAGGAACCGAGCCUGUGCGAACGUGCCGAGCAGGAACUUCGCUCCUCGCUGCUCCUCAUCUCCAUGGAUGGCUCUCGGUGCACGACGAGACGUGCCAAACGGAGCGCAUCCCACCAAAGUAGUAUGGGCGACAAUCACCACGACCUCCACUCCCCAUUCCCCACGUCACCCGGAUCAGCAUCAGCAUCAUCAUCCUCAACAUCAGCAUCCUCAUCCUCAUCAUCGUCGUCAUCAGCAUCUCCGGUCACUCCCAGCAACGUGUGCAAGCGCCGACGACUCUACGUCGACUUCCGAGACGUGGGCUGGCACGACUGGGUGAUCGCUCCGCAGGGAUACCUGGCCAAUUACUGCGCGGGCGAGUGCCCCUACCCGCUCGGGGAGGCCCUCAACGGCACCAACCACGCCGUGCUGCAGACGCUGGUGCACGCGGUGGACCCGCGCGGGGUGCCACAGCCGUGCUGCGUGCCCGUGCACCUGUCGCCCAUCUCCAUGCUCUACUACGACAACAGCGACAACGUGGUGCUUCGUCACUACGACGGCAUGGUGGUGGACGAGUGUGGCUGUCGGUAG